UUUAGUUACAAUAUCUAUCUUGUGUUAAAAAGUAUGGUUUUGUGAAUAUCUGAUGCAAUAGAAUUGAAAUCGUUUAAUUGUUGAAGAAAUUCACAUUUUUCUUGCAUUCUUGAUUCAAUUCUUGCAACAAAUUGAAAAAUUGAAUAAACUGUUCUCCUUUUUCUUCCUAAUUUGUCUUCUCUUCAUGUGUCUAUCUUCACUGUCUACUGACUCACUCAGUCUUUCUCUCUUUUGACUACAUAUGACUCUCUUGUUCUCUGUCGAAACUGCUGUCUAAUUCCAAGCUUUCAGGUUUUUGUGUUUUGAUUUUUCAUUAUUAUUAUUAUUAAAUUUAAUCUUCUAUUCUUUAAAAUUAAUUAUAAUUAGAUACAUUUAUACUACAAUUAACAUUUAAGACAAUAGUAUAAAGAUAUAAGUAAUAAGAUAUCAAGCUUGUUUUUUGUUUAUAAAUCAUUGCUUUUCUUCUCAAUUGGAUCUGUAAUCACACCAAGGCUUUUUCACUAAAAAACCAACACAACAAAAACAUACAAUACAGCAACCAUUUGACUGUACACCAAGUGAAAUAUUUGAGUCGUGUUUUGUUCCCCAAUUCAACAAUUAUUUGAUCCUUAUUUCUAAUUAAUAUAUCAACAAUUAUAAAUGGAUGAUUUACAGUGUCCUUUGUGUUUGGAACCGAUUGAGGCCGAUGAUAUUGACUUUUUUCCUUGCCCAUGUGGCUAUCAAAUCUGUAGAUUUUGUUGGCAUCGUUUAGCCAAUGAAGAGGAUAACAUUGAAACUGGAAAGAGUGGCAGGGGACUGUGUCCAGCCUGUAGACAAGAAUAUCCGGAGUCACCAGUUGGAUUUAAUUCUAAUUUAACAAUUGAAGCUAUGUCAGAAUUGGUGAAGAACAAGAAAAAGAAAAAGAAACAAGCAAAUAAACAAAAACUGAACCAACAACCAGAUACCAAGAAAACGGUGAAUGUGGUAAAGAAGGAAGAAAAAAAUUUGGCUGGUUUACGGGUCGUGCAAAAGAAUUUAGUCUUCGUUAUUGGUAUACCAUCAAGAUUAUCUCAAGACGAUUUGAGGAGGGAAUUCAGCAAGUUUGGAAAGAUUCAUAAAUUAGUUAUUGGUAGCAAUGGUAACAGUUUGGUUAAUUCUGUUUACGUUACCUAUUCAAGGCCUGAGGAUGCUAUCAAAGCUAUUCAGACAUUAAAUCAGAGUAACCAAUGCAAUGGAAAUAAUCAAAUUAUAAUUAACGGUUUGAAAGAUGUUAAAGGCUCUAAGAAAGGUGCUAAUUUAACCUUACGGGCGAGCUUAGGAACGACAAAAUAUUGUACUCAUUGGUUAAAGAACAUGCAGUGUCCCAAAUUACCUGAAUGUAUGUACCUACACGAAUUGGCGGACCCUGAGGCAUCAUUCACAAAAGAAGAAAUGCAACAAGGGAAACAUACGGAAUAUGAAAAGAAAUUAAUAAAUCAAUAUUUAAGUAGGAAAAACGCCAAUAUGAAUGGUGCGCUGAAUAGUAAUAACCAAAGGUAUUCAGCAUUACCACGGGACCAUAACAAACAAGGAACAGUUGACUAUGAUGGUGAAUCUAAUGAUUUAUGUAAUUAUGUCGGAGACGAACUCGGUUCUUAUGAAUCAAAUUGUUCCAAUGAAGGUGAAAAUGGAAACUUUAACAUCAACAGAGGUGAUUGUGGUAACCAUGUUCACUCAAUCGACGAAAUAAUCGGAAUUAGUAGUGAUAGUAGUACCAGCUUUUCAACCUGUUCAUCAGGCAUUUCAUUACCUCAUCCUCAUAUUUCCUCUCAAGAGGAAGAAGAACAAGAGGAAGAUGAAGGAUCCGGAAAAGAAAACCGUUGUAAAUCACCGGGUGAUGAAUCGAUGCCUCCAAAUUCACCAGGAACUAGUAUUGACGAUGAUGGCCUUGACUUUGACCCAAUAACUAUAUCCACAAAUGGAUUAGAAGACUUAAUCAGAAAUCAUUCAUAUGAGGAUAGUGUAUCGUGUUUAGGGAUGAGUCAAUCAAUUCCAGUGUCCACCGGUUUUUCUCAGUCUAUCAAUUAUCCUGUUCCUCCGGCUCCUUCUUUAGCAUCUCGAUCUAGUAUGAGAGAAGAUCAGCUUACACAAGAACACAUUUCUUGGCGUAACUCUUUGAAAGCUCUUCUCCCCAAUGUCAAUAUAACUUUUGCAGGAAGCUCCGCGUCAGCCUCUAACUACUUCAAGCCUCCCGCCCAGACGCAACCUCAACAUCAUCACCACCACCACCAGCAACAGCAGCAGCAGCAGCAGCAACAACAACAACAACAACAACAAAUUCCGUUUGUUCAUGUACCUUCUCAAAUAACGCCUUGGUUCCAGCAAAACUCUCAGCAUCACCAGCAUCCAACACAACAUCAGAUUCACCCAACCCACGCAAACCCUUUCUCAAUCGCAAAUGGUCUACAGAAUUGUCAACAUCCCAUGGCUAGAUCUCACCAAGGGUUUAGGACCAUGCCAGUGAUUCGUCAGAAACAACCACCUCCCGGUUUUGCCAACUUUUGAUUGAAUCUGUAUGCCCCAUGAGAGUAUAAAAAUGUCAAAAUUCUUUAUUUCUUCUUUUCUUCACUAGAGCAAUUAUUUGAAUCUAUCAGCACCAACCAACAACACACUUGAAACCAAAUAAAAAUGUGAACCUCUUUCUAACAAGCUAAAUAUGCUUUCGGUGGAGACGGUUUACGCAAACAAAAAAAAGCUCAUAAUCAUCAUCCAUCACCAACAUGCUCUUAAAACCAAAUUUAAUAUGAAGAAGAAAAUAUGAUUCUGCUUUCAAGACAGCUGGUAGUAAACAUAAGUGGAGUAAUCUUUCGCUCUUCGAAAGAUUCGAUUAAAAACAAUCCUUCAUUGAAAAAAGAACCUUAAAUGAAGUGAAUACUUCUUUGGAUUCAAAAUAAUCAAAACAUCUAAAUCAAACUAAUCAUGUUACCAAUGAGUGUUUAUCAUGACUAAUCAUGAACAUCAGCCACGUUACUCAAAUUAUCGUCAAAAUUGUUAGUGUCAUGUUGCAUAUUUGUAGCAUGAUAAAUGAAACCUCUGAUUCGAUGAAAUCGAGCACAAAACAAUCUACUAAAAGUGUGGUCAAUUAAAUAAUAACGCGUUUAAUAAAUA